AUGGCGAACGGCAACGGCGAAGAUGAGCUGGCCAUGGAGGUGGAGGCGCUUAGCUAUACCUACCCCGAAAUAGAAAUUGAGAUGUUUGAGCCGAGCAACAGCGUAGGCACGGAAGCCAGCCCCGCCGCGGCCGCCGCCCUGCGCAUCGACCUACGCCCGCGCGCCGCGCGCCAGGCGUUCGUCGCCGCGGCGCUGCGCCUCAUGGCGCCGCGCGGCUGCCCGACGGCUUCUCCCCGUGGCAUCGAGCCUCAGGGCCUCGGGGACGCGCGGGAGGCGGCACUGCUGGCGCGGCUGGCGGCAGAGGCACAAGAUCUUAUUGCUGGCCCCUGCCUCGGCCAGCUGAUCGAGCUCUGCCAGGAUCUGCUGUCCGACGCCAAUGCCCCUGAAGGGCACUGCGCAAUCUGCCUGUUCGAAAUGGAGCCCGGCCCGGACGACCCAGAGGACAGCAGCAGCUGCGACGGCUGCGCUGGCGUGCCCUGCCGGCGCUGGCGCGGCUGA